AAAUAAUUAUAUAAUAUAUAUUUGAAAUGAUAAAAAUUGGACUAAUUGGGUUGGUCGAGAUUGAACCAUUGAAUAACUUUAAACUACAUUAUAUUUUAGCCACUAAAAUAUAAAAUAAUAUAAUAAUAUAUAUUAUGCUAGAGAAAAUAGCUUGUUUUAGAAUGUCAAACCAAUGAUGUUCAUUUGUUUUACUUGAUGGCCAAAUCCGGUGUAGGUCAGGCCCAUUCAACUCUUUUAUUUUAUGGUUAGCGGUUAGCCCUUUAGAUACCAUGCAUUAGUUUAUUGUUAAUAUUUUUUUAUUUUUAGCAUAAAAAGAAGUAUUGCUUUUGUCUUUUCAUAUAUAUUUUAUCACCACGGAGAAAUACAAGGGGUUAAAGAAAAAAAUUGACACUCCUGAACCCGUUUAAAUCCGCAUGUGUACGGUAAGUUUGCCCGUUCCACAGAGGAAAGAGAAAAAAAUUAACACUACCUAUUCUACCCUUCCUACAAACGCUCAUGGAGCAGGGAAUUUGAAAUGGGGGAAGGGGUUUUUCCUCCCUGCUAUUAUAUGUUUUUGAUUUAAAAGGAUGCAACAAAUGUAUUUAGUGUGAUUGGGUAUGUUCCAUGCUGUUCUUUAAAAUGGACAUGGUUCGAAUCCCAGUACGUGUCUUUUUAAUGAAUAAAAAAAAGUAAUUGUGAAGACCAAAAUGUCCUUCCUACUUUCAUUCUCGUUGCAGGAAAUUUGAAAUGGGGCUCCCGUUUUUCCCCUCGGUGUAUUAUAUUACCUAGCAUUGGGUCCGGCCCUUUGGCCGGUAUAGUAUAAAACUUCAUCGUGUACUAUGUUUCACUCGUAUAAUGAAUUGUAACGAAUCUUACAAUCUUAUGACUCGUGUGAUCUUAUGAUUGAGAUCGGAACAUAACAUUUGAUGUAGUAAUUAAGUACUGAUUAGAUAUUAGAGAUAAUAUAUAAGUAAUUAAGAAUGACAUGAGAAAUCCUUGAAAGGCUUUUGAACUUUUAAAUUAACGUUCAGUAAAAAAAAACUUACAAAUUAAAGGGAACCCACCAACCGGCACCAUUUCCUGUUAUCCACAUGAUCGUAUACAGUUAUGCUUAACAUGAUGCAUAAUUACAUUGUAUGAAGGAAAAACCAUUAAACUAAACAAACUGCAAUAUAAAAAGAAACAGGAAAUAGCAGCCACCUGAUUAGGAUAAACUCACCAAGUACAAUCGUUGGAUGCUUGAUAGCCCUUUAGAAGUAGCAUCUUUGGAUGCUAUCCCACUUCACUUUCCAAACAUGGAGUAGAUUUUGUUGGGGGAUUCCCCAGGAAGCCACUCACAAAACUUGUUUCAAGUAAAUUCUAUGGUAUAGAACGUUGCUUUUAUUUCCCAAUACACCUCAUAUUAAAAACAUCCUACUGAUAAAGUUUUCUACGUGAUGCAUCUUGAAAAAUACCCUACUGAAGAGUUAGGCUAGGUUAGAGGGCUUCUAACUGAUAAACCAAAGGUUUGAAACAAAAAAACCAAACUGUGUAGAGUUAGUGCAGAUUAAAGGGCAUCUUGCACUUGCGGAUAAAAAGCUGAGAAAGCUUCCUACUAAUUGACCCUUUUUAUCUCUAUCAUGAAUCAUGAUUUAGCAGAGAGGUUUGAUUAUCAUGUUUUUUUGGGGCCCUUUACCCUACCAAUAAAGUUUUACACAAUGCCAUCUUAGUAAAAAUACUCUACUGAUAAAGCUCUGUAGAGAACUGAAAUGUAUAAGUAGCAAUCCUAAGAUUCAUUCUGCUUUAAGACAACAAACUAAUGACAACAGCUAAGCUUCUAAACGGCUGCUCAUUCACAAACAUACUAUUAUGGAAAACAGAAUACUUAAAAUAAGAAUCACAACGUGGCCCUCCACUGCACAAAUUUCCCAACAAUACUACGACACUUCCUUGGGGUCACAGUCAUGCAUCCUCCUUGUUUUCUUUUCUGCCCUGUAAAAGUUGUCUCUCCAAGAACCUCAGGAUUUGACUUAGUCUUGCUGGCUUCCUCCAAGAUAGGAGUUGCACUCGUGUGGAGUUGACUUGUUGUCUCACUCAAUUGCUGAAAUCAAAUUACAACAAUAAGAUAAAUUGAAAUGAUGGAGAUCAAUAUGGUACCCUCUUCUACCGUAUGAAUGGAUGUGCUGCUGCAUGCUGAUAUAUUCAUCACUUACCCCAAGUAGAUCAUGCUCCACAUUAACCACAGAAUACUCAGUUGGAGAGUUUAAGAAGUUAAAUUGAGUAAGUUUAACAUGUAAUCUCAAUCUCAUGUUCACUACCUGCUGGAUUUGGAGUAGAAUGGGUUCUUUCUUCCUCAGAUUUACUUUGAAAAUACAUCAGCCAUUACCGCAAAGAAACACAGGCCUUCAUACACCAAAUUGCAAAAUAUGCUUCACCAGAAUAGACUUUCAAAUGGAGUUUCACUCUGUACCCAAAGUCAACAUGGAGUCAAACUGAAAAUGUCAUGAUUCUGCAUCCCUAUUCCUCCAUAUUAACUAAUAUUGUGAUUCCUAUUACAUUGAAACAACAAAAUUGCAUACUGCAGGAAAACAAAAUAAAGUUAUCAGCUUACUUUGCUUUUGCAAUUGAAAAUGUUGUGCCUGCAUAUAUUUCGUACAAUCUUAACACAACAUCAAAGGGAUAUACAGAAUGAGAAUAUUACAUCGACUGAGAGUGUUGGAAAUAGAUGCCACAUUUUAUUCUGGCUAGUAGAAGUAUCACCGCGAUAACGCUUGCGGGCAUUACUGCAUCGAUCACCAAGAACAAUCCCAGCAACAAAGCUAACAAAUCAGUCAGGGAAAUUUAUUCUUCAACAAACUGUGGCUCCGAGCCCAAUCCAAAAAUUGGGUCUAAAUUCCGUCCAAAGCAUAGAAAAUCAGUACGCCACUUUAGAACAAAACCAGCUACGCAUAAUGUUACCAAUUGAAUUGAACACUCAUUAGAAAAGGAAAAUUACAUGGAAUAAAAGCGGCCCGAAAAUCCCAUCAAAUUCCGAGAAGCCAAAAUACAAAGAAACCAAUAUGAGGGAACUUACUGGAAAGGAGAUAUAACUUUGAUUAGGCAGCUAUGUGAGGUUUCUCAACUCUGCUCAGUGAGAGCAAGAGAGACGUGUUAUUUGAGAUGGGUUGGAAUUCUUUGUCGCUGGAGAGAGACCACAGAGCGCGAAGGACGGAAAUAGCGACAUAUUCGGAGCAUGUGGGAGACACAGAGUCGACGCCAAAGCAGAUUGGCAACAAAAGACUGGUUAUGGGUAUGCAAUUAUUUGAUCCGGAUGGAAUCAUUGCACACCCCCUAAAUUGGAUGAUGAUGAAAUGAUUGUAUUGCUAUUGUAUGAUUAGCUUUGUCUUCUAUUGUGGAUUUGACGCGGAUUCUAUCCUUCUCUCUCUAAGGCCCAUCAUACAAAUACAUAAGCGAGGCCCAAAAAAGAUGCAGAGCCCAAAGUGAAGCAUUCUUCUCUGCGGGCCUGCAACGAAUAUGCAACAAGGCCCGUUGAAGGUUUAGAAUUUUUGUUUAAGAAAUAAUAAAAAUCUUUAACAGCCUCCCAUACUUUUCGUCUUGCGAACUUUCUUGAUCUCUGUCUCCUCGUCUCCUCUUCGUUCGGACGCGCGAAAUUCCGCUAAAAAAAUUCAUUUUCCCGGUCGUAUCACCUCCGCUGGCGGUCUGUACAAUGAGACCAACGACGAAUUCAUCCGCCGCAUCUUCCUCCGGCACCACGACCACCACAACCAUAGUCCUGGGAGACCGAGCCCAGCAGCAACGGCAACCGCCAUCGCAAACCCUAGUUUUGCGCCUGAAUCGGCCGAAGAAGAAAGUUUCAUGGAAGGAAGGCACCGUUGACAACGAAUUCAUGCAGAAGAAGAGCUCCAAGAAGUGCUGCAUCUUCCACAAGGAGAAGCCCUUCGACGAGGACGACAGCGAUGACGACGACGAACAUCACCAUGGCAAUCAUGGCGGCCAUCACGAUCAUCCCUCCUCCGAUGGCUGCUGUUCUUCCAGCAACGGCCAGUUUAAAUGAAGAAUUUGGGCUACCGCAUUGCUGGGGUGGGUGUAGGAAAAAGAUAAAUUCGAUUACUUUCGGCCUGAUUUUGGUUCAUAAUUGAUAUACUACUGGAUCGGGGGAUCAAGGAUUAACGUGUUCAUUGUCCUUAUAUAUGAUAUGGCGUGUUUGGAAUCUCAUGUUUAUAGUCUGAUGAAUCUCCUAUGAAUUUGGUAUCGAAAAGUUCAUAGUUUUCCACAUGAUACUGAUAUUUGUCUUGAGGCGAUUGAUUUCAUCUCUCAUUUUGUAUCCAUAAUGAAUUCAUUGUAAUGGAGAACUGCAGAGGGUUUUGAGAUCGAGUUUUAGGCAUUCGUAUACGUGCAUUCCAAAUUCGUUGUUAGAUUAACAUUGCUGUUCUUUCGCCAUGAUUCCUGGGUUAGUGGGUUUGUUAUCACCUCUUGUUGUGAGCUUCCCAUGAGUCCCUCUGCCCAUUAGUAGUUUCUCUACUAGGCACAGAAUCUAGAUGCUCAGGAUCUUAGGUAUGCUUGCAAAUUGGAACGUUAAUUCUGGCUCGGCCAUGGUUCUUUCUGAUUGGAAAAGGUCCUGAUAGUAUCCUUUUAAUAGCUAGUUGGGGUUUUGUUUACGCACCAGAAACUUUAGUUUGAUCUGUCGAAUCUGGCACUUGCAGUUGCAUCUGGUUUUUGUUUCAGAACUCGGUUGGUUUCAGUAUUUGGUAAGCCAGAUUGAAUGAUGAAUGUUUGGAUGUUCUUGCAUUAGGGCCCUUUGGAUGUUCUUACAGGUGCUAGGUUGUAAUUGCUGAUAUCCCAGUAGAAUAGUAUUAGGCUGCUUAUUUGAAGAAAUUGGCUGUUGGAAUGGAUGCUUAGUCUUUUCUAGAUACGUUGUCCUUGUUCUUAUCUGCCCUUAAGUCCACAACAGAAGGUCAAUGUGUCCCGUCUGUGCUUGUGCCCUGAUCUCUAAUUCAUUCAGGCUGUCCUCUCUUACAGUACAAUAUAUUGUAUCUACCAUCUGAAAGUAUAUUGUCCUUGCAGGAUAUCUAAGACAACUGCGGGUUCUUGUCAGCUUCAAGUUCAGUAUUCUACUUAACCAAUUCUGCACUGAUGCUGUCAUAAGAGUUCAACCAUGAUUUUCUUAAGUGACUACAUGAUUCAGGUUCGGGACAUCAUAGACUUGCCUGGACUUAUUUCUUCUAGAGGUCUGCAAUUUAUGACUUGCCUGGACAUCAUAAGUCUUUGUGUUGCUUAUUCACUUGAAUAAUGUACAUACCUUUUCCCCCUUUUCCCUCUCAAUCAAACUUCAAACGGAAGGGGAACUCGAAUCAAAUCGAAGUGAUCUAUGUGCUGGGUGUGUACUUGAACUGGUUGGGUUAUAUAUAUAUAUAUAUAUAUAUAUAUAUAUAUAUAUAUAUAUAUAUAUAUAUAUAUAUAUAUAUAUAUUAGCAAUGCAAACUAGCACUCACGAUUCGAAUAUUGAACUCAUUCUCAAAAUAUCAAACUUCAUCGUUUUUUUUAAUAUUUGAGUCGGUUUGAUUGCUAAUGGAUUAAGAUAAGAAAAGACAUAGCCUAUGUUCGGAGUCACAAUUGCACAUAUGUUCGAAGUUCUUGGUGUUUGAGUGAUUUGCGGUAUUGAACAACAACCGAGCGAUUUCACAUGAUUCAAACUACCAUCUGCAUGAUAACCAAAUUGUAAGUUUGCAGCACGGUUUGGUUGGACCAGAAACGAUUAUCUGCAGGUCAGAGCGGCUCAACUGCACCAUUGUGCACCCGUAAUCCACAAGGUGCCAACUUACGCGAAAAAAACACCUAGCUGGUUGUUGUGGCAUGGGCACUCAUGCAAAGAUUGCGGGAAGGGGCACAUACAUCAUCAUAAAAGCUCAAGGAAUAAGAAUUAUUUUGUCUGUUGGAAGCAUCCGAUAAUUAAAAUACGUCUUUGCGUGAUACUGAGACGUAGACGUAUACUUUUCGAUGGUCUAGCCUCGUCAGUCUCUCAACACUGCUGGAGGUUGAACACCCAUUACUCCCAUUACUCAUUGGGACCCUAGGAAAAACAGGAUAGAGAUAGAUAGUUUGAAGGAUGGGAUGGCCUAGGACACGAGGCCAUGGACCACACUUCAAAUCAUUUGGGGGUAAAGUGAAGAUGUGAGUUGGAGAAGAAAGUGAAGGAUGAAAGGAAUUCGUGGACCUGGUUGCACAUAGAAUUCUAUGACAUUGCUUGCCAGCCAGCUAACAAAGUAGAAGCCGCCGGGGUGGAUGUGGGCCUACUCCGAAACUCCUGGCUCGUGAUGAACUGGGCCAGGGUCCAGCCAGCCAGUUGGGCUCGACAAUCAAUGGCCAAAUCUUGU